AGGAGGGCGGUAGCUAUCCCCAGAUAGACUAUAAAGAGGAGAAGGAACCAGCCCUGAAGUUCACAACAGCAGUAACAGUAACUGGAGAAGCAAGUUCCCAGCAGCGCAGCCCUUCAAAUCGGAUCUGCCUGAGAGGACCUACUUGGGUGGCCGUCGACCAGUUCUUGCCCCAGGAUGGGGACCACGUCCAGAGCAGCCUUGGUCUUGGCCUGUUUAGCUGUUGCUUCUGUAGCCUCUAAGGAAGACAUCAAGGCUUCAGGGCCGAGGGAGCUGGGGCCAGUGCACCUCACCCACCCCCUUCAAGAAGUUGGCUAUGCUGCACCCCCUUCCCCACCUCUGACCAGAGCUCUCCCCAUGGAUCACCCUGACACCUCUCAGCAUAGCCCUCACUUUGAAGGACAGAGUGAAGUACAGCCAUCUCCAUCUCAGAAAGCCAUCCCUGUCCAAGAGGAGCUGCCCCCUCCCCGACUCCCUGUGGAGAAGAAAGGGGAUCCGCCUCUCCCUCAAGAGGCCGUCCCCCUCCAAGAAGAGCUAUUCCCUCCCCAGGUCCCUAUUGAACAGAAGGAAGAAAAGCUGGCUCGCUUCAUGGACCACAGCCCCCCAGAGCCUGAGUCUUGGAAUCCAGCCCAGCACUGCCAACAGGGCCGAUACCAAGGGGGCUGGGGCCACCGGCUGGAUGGCUUCCCCCCUGGGCGGCCUUCUCCGGACAAUCUGAACCAGAUCUGCCUUCCUAAUCGUCAGCAUGUGGUGUACGGCACUUGGAACCUGCCACAGAUUGGCUUUUCCCACCUUGUUCGUCAGGGUGAGACCCUCAAUUUGCUGGAGACUGGAUAUUCCCGCUGCUGCCGCUAUCACAGCUACACAAACCGCUUGGACUGUGCAAAAGUCAUGUGGGAGGACGCAAUGACCCGGUUCUGUGAGGCUGAGUUUUCUGUCAAGACCCGAGCCCAUUGGUGCUGCAAACGUCGGGGGGAGGCUCGAUUCUCCUGCUUCCAAGACGAAGCUCCCCGGCCACACUACCAGCUCAAGGCCUGCCCCAGCCACCAGCCUGGUAUUUCCUCGGGUCCUGAGCUGCCUUUUCCCCCUGGGCUACCCACACUGGACAAUAUCAAGAACAUCUGCCACCUAAGACGCUUCCGCUCUGUGCCACGCAACCUCCCAGCUACUGACCCCAUCCAAAGGCAGCUGCAGGCUCUGACCCGGCUGGAGGGGGAGUUCCAGCACUGCUGCCAGCAGGGGAACAACCACACCUGUACAUGGAAGGCCUGGGAGGAUACCCUUGAUAGCUACUGUGAUCAGGAAAAGGCUACAAAUACCCACCACUACUCGUGUUGCCACUACCCUCCUAGCCCUGCCCGAGAUGAGUGCUUUGCCCGGCAGGCUCCCUAUCCCAACUAUGACCGGGACAUCUUGACCCUGGACCUCAGCCGAAUUACCCCCAACUUCAUGAGUCAUCUCUGUGGAAAUCAAAGAGUUCUCACCAAGCAGAGCUUCCCGGAGAUGCUUUCGUACUGCGUUUGCAAAGCGCCCCGCCAAGUCUGGAGAGGGAGUCCGAGACGCGUUGGACCACAGUCCCAGCCCCGAGGAGUUUACAGUCUGCCGGGGAGGAGAGGAAGGAAACCAGGAAAGCAGUAGUAAGCAGCUAUCAUGAAAAAAAUAUCAAGUGCUAAAUAGAUAUAAGCAUCAAGAACUGAGCGUUAAAAGAAGUAAUUAUCUGUAGGAAUCGGGGUACUGUUAAAUGGAGGAGGUGGCUUUCCACAGAGCCCCGAAGCAUGGAUAGGAUUGCUGUUAGUUACCAAAUGGUGAACGUGUUAACAUUUAUGGCAAUUCGUGGUAUAGAAAAACUUAAAAUAUAUUAAAUUCUAUACAGUGCUGUAUGUCAAUUAUAUCUCAAUAAAACUGGAAGAAAAAAAUAAGUAAGAUAAAAUGUACUAAGUUCAGAUAAAGGAGUCAGAGACCCUAACUACUUGGAGGGGCCGGGAAUGCUUUAUGGAGGAAUGCAGGCUUGAGUAGGAUUUUGCUGGAAGGGAAAGGGAGGAUGAACAAAGCACUGGGUGUAUGCAAAGUUCAGCUAAAGUAAACAGAGUAUAUGUUUUUGUUAAACAGAGUGCUAAGUAUUCUGGCUAUAAAGAAUAUUAAAAAAUCGUCCUCAAUGAGUUUUAGCUCUAUGGAGACUUGAAUAUCUAAUGAUAGAUAUUCUCAGGAUUCUUUGGGAGCCACCUAGCCUGGCUUUCAGGUAGGUCUUCUGGAGGAGGAAAUAAAGCAGGAAUUGUGGUUGGUAUAUUUGAAGAGCCACUAAGUAGUAAAAAUAGUGUGGGGGAGUAGCUAGGCAUGAGGUUGGAAAUUUCAGACUUUCUGGAAGCUCUUGAAACACGAUAGAAGUCACGCCAACUUGGGGAUAAGCACCUAUAAAGGGUUGUAAAAGAAAAGUGAUGUGAACAAAUUUAUUUUUUAAAAAGAUAAAUUAGGGCUUCCCUGGUGGCGCAGUGGUUGAGAGUCUGCCUGCCAAUGCAGGGGACACGGGUUCGAGCCCUGGUCUGGGAAGAUCCCACAUGCCGCGGAGCGGCUGGGCCCGUGGGCCACAACUGCUGAGCCUGCGCGUCUGGAGCCUGUGCUCCUCAACAAGAGAGGCCGCGACGGUGAGAGGCCCGCGCACCGCGAUGAGGAGUGGCCCCCGCUCGCCACAACCAAAGAAAGCCCUCGCACAGAAACGAAAACCCAACACAGCCAAAAAUAAAUAAAUAAAUUAAUUUAAAAAAAAAAAGAUAAAUUAGAUGGACAGACAGGUGGAUAGGAGUAGAUGAGCUGGAGAGAGGGUGGAGACCCGAACCUGUUCAGAGGUUGAAAUUGUAAUUCUUCAAUAUUAAUAAAAUUGAGAAACUCUGAUAUCCAGAACUUUGUUAAUGGUAGAGAGGAUGAAAAGGGAGGGGACAUCUUUUAAAGACAUUUAGGAGAUGGGAUUGACAGAACCUGUUUGCUACAGGAGAUGUCUAGGAAGACUCCCAAGUUUGAGGUUUGGGUAAGGAUAUGCAGGACGAGGAGCAAGUUUUACAGGAGGAUGAUAAGAGUUCAGUUUUUGAGUCCUCAGUAGUUAGUGUCCUUAGUGAAAAGCACCUUCAGGAGGAAGAUGUCAAAAGCCAAAUUCUAGGGAAUUGAUAGUGAAUGGGAGGUGAAAAAGAGGAGUCAGCAUGUGUAGCCUGCUCUUUGAAUGUCCUUCU